CCCUUCUCUUCUCUUCGAGUCCUCAGUCCCUGCUCCAAUCACUUGUAAUUUUGAAUUGCAACAAUGAUCUCUCGUAGUCGUAUUUUAAUCUCGAAACUUCCCAUCCGCUGCAAUUCCUCUUCUUCUUCUUCUUCUUCUUUCAUAUCCCCUCCCUUAAACCCUAAUCCCCAAUCCCAUCCCUUUCCCCCUGUCUCAACCCCAAACCAAAUCACUUCUCGUCUCUAUUCUAGUAUAUCAUUCUCAUCAAGCUAUUGUUUUUCAGUCGAACGAACCCUAGAUACACAACUGGGUCCUAAAUCCUUGAAGGCGGAUUUGAAUUUGGAUUUCAUCAGAAGAGCAUCAUAUGCUAGUAUAAGUCCCAGAUAUCAUUCAACAACUUCUUCUACCCCUACCCCAAGAGCUGACAAUGAGGAAUCAGGCAACAGUAGCCGUGAAUCCCACCCGAGUCAAAACCCUGAUUUCAAGCACCAAGAAAUCGAGGGACCGACCGUGGAACGUGAUUUAUCAGCAUUGGCUAAUGAGACGCGAGAGGUUCUUGAAGCAAUGACGAAGAACAUAUAUGGACUUAGCAAAGCGGUGGCUCUUCUGGGUUUGCUCCACCUCGGUCUUGGAGCUUGGAUAUCCUAUGCUCAUGGUUCUGGGGCACAUCCAUUGAAUGAGGUUACCGUUCAAAGUGUGAUGGCAUUUGGGUUCCCUAUUACACUGGCGUUUAUGUUGCGGCAAUCGGUGAAGCCUAUGUACUUCUUCAAGACGAUGGAGGAGCGAGGUAGGCUGCAGAUCCUGACCCUUACUCUUCAGGUUGCUAAGAGCUUGAAUGUCUUGUUUGUUCGGUUCCGUGUUGUGUCUUUCUUGUGCAUUGCGGGGGCGUCAAUCGGGUUGAUGUUCAAUGUGUUGUCUAAGUGACGUUUUGAAAGUUUUCAGAUUUGAGUUUCCUGUUUCUGUUUCUAUUAAAUGAGUUAUGAAUUGUUUAGGAAUAGGAUGAUUGCUCUGUUGGUUAGCAACAGAACAUACAUGAGACCAAAAUAUCUCCUAUUACAUCUGCUAAUAAUAAUGUUGUUAUCAUAUACUUGAA